AUGCGCGUAGGCUACGUGCUGCUGGCAGUGCUGGCUGUCCUCGUCAGGAACUGCGCUGCUACUUCGGCGACAGCACUCUCCAAUGAAGCUGGAGUGUCGACUACGCACACGUUAAAUCCUUGGGCCGAGCACGACAAAAGGUUUCCGAGGAGCCAUGCCGACCACGACGAGAAGUCGACGCUCGCGAAAAUUGAUGAUUUGGUGGACCCCGUGAAGCUUGACGCCGCGUUGAGUGGCUUGACGAAGAUGAAGGCCCUCUUCAAGCUGUGGAACGCAGAUGCGACGGUGUCAAGGCAGGUCAUCCAAAGACUGUCGGAGAAUCGACACACUUUCGCCAAGUACAGCUCCCUCGUCCUGACGUUCAACGGAUACAGAAUCAAGGUCGCAGAGAAUGCUGCCAAGGCGCUAGCUCAGAAGAAGAAGGUAGACGCCUUAGUGGACCCCACGAAGCUCAAUGCCGCGCUGAAAGACCGGGCACAGAUGAAGAAGUUGUUCAGGCUGUGGAAUGCCGAUGAAGAGACGGCAAUGAACGUCAUCACCAGACUGGCGAGCGACCCGGAGUCGCUCACGAAGUAUAGCUCGCUCAUUCUCAACUUUAACUCGUAUCGAAUGUCAGUGGCGGGUAUUACUGCCAAGGGUUAA